AUGCCUUCUAAUAUUAAUAAUCGUGGUCAUAGUGAAGAUGAUAGUGAUGAGAGGUUGAUAAAUUCAAGCCUUUCAUUGGCUAAACCAUCUAAUAGAGCAGGUAUUCAAACUGAUGAGGAUUUUGAUGUUACAAGUCUUCAUGAAACACAGGAAGCCAUCAAAAAGAAAUUGUUAUUAGCAAAAAUGGACUCACAGUAUAUGGACGACGAUGAUGAUGUUGAUAGUGAAGUAAAGUUUGAAAAGUUAUCAACCAAGGGAAGAAGAAACCCAACAAAACUUGCAGAAAUGAAUUCCGCCUCAAAUAUGAGUCAAACUUCGUCAUUCCAAAGAGGUGAAAAAAGAAGAGGUAUUAGUAGAAGAUUUGCCUCAACAAUGAACUCUCGUAAAGGUCUAGAUACUGGUAGUCAAAUGGAUACAUCAAGCAAUUAUAGUGAUGAUAACUCUGAUACCCAAAGUCAACUUACCUCCGACAGUGGUGCCGAUAGAUCAACCUUAGAUGAUGAAGUUGCCUUCACUCAUCAAGACGACUUUGUACAGUUAAAUAAUUUGAUCUCACAAUUUAAUAUGUGUGGAUUCCCAGUUUUAAUCUUUGAUAAUUAUGCAACAAUAGAAUAUUUGAAUCGAGAAGCAGAAGACCUCUUUGGUGUAUUCUCCUUCUCUGUUUUGGGAGAACACGUAAGUGAGCUGUUCCUUGAAGAUUCAGUUUGUGAAGUACAACAAGUCAUUGAAGAUUUUACAGGAAAACCAAUCUUCAACAAUUCUGAUGGUGCAUCUGUUACAUCAAUCAGUAAGGAAGUUGGAGCUGAAGAAUUAAAAAAGAGAAAGGAUACACUAAUGAAAAUCAGAAUAUUGAAAGGAAAAGCAACAAUACUUAAAACAUUUUUCUCUGUUAAAACAAGAUUCAUUACGAUUCAAAAAUUGGGAGUUGAACAUUUUGUAGCAUAUAUGGAAGUGAUACAAGACAGUAUUGAAGAAAAGAAAGAAAUGGCUUUGAGAAAGGUUUACGAAGCCAUCACAGAUUUGUCAGUCAUUCCAAUUAUUUCAAUUUCUCAACAAGGUAUUAUUCAAACAUUCAAUACUGCAUGCACUGCAACAUUUGGAUACUUGAAGAAAGAUGUUCUAGGUAAAAAUGUGAAAAUGUUAUGCAAUGAAAAGGAUAGACAAAAACAUGAUUACUAUCUUCAAAGAUAUUUGAAAACAGGAGAGAAGAGAGUAGUAGAUAAGACAAGAUUUUUGAAAGCUAAAACAAAGAAGGCUAAAUCAAUCAAGAUUGAAUUAAGAGUUUCCGAAAUUAUUGAUGUAGGAAGUAGUUCUUCAUCAUUUGUUGGUUUUAUCAGAGAUGUGAAGAACAUGGUAACUAAGGAAGAACAAUUGACAAGACUUGCAGACAAGAUUUUCCCUAAGAAUGUUGCUCAACGUAUCAGUAUGGGUCAACAAGUUAUUGAUAUUUUCGAAAUGUGUAGUGUGUUGUUCUGUGACAUUGUGGGUUUCACAAAGAUGUCGAAUGGUAAAAGACCAGAAGAAGUUGUCUCAAUUCUCCAUGAAAUUUUUGGUAGCUUUGAUGAUGUCUGUACAGCUUUCCAAUUAGAAAAGAUCAAGACAAUUGGUGAUUGUUACUUUUUAGCUAGUGGUGUUCCAAAAUUCGUUCCUGAACAUGCUGAUAAUAUUGUAAAGGGAGGUUUAGCCAUGAUUCGUGUGAUUCAACAAUUUUGUAAAAAAGAAACCACUGUAGACCUAAAAGUAAGAAUUGGUAUUCACAGUAGUUGUGAUAUUAUUGCUGGUGUUGUCGGUAAGACUAAACAAACCUAUGACUUGUUCGGUAAAGGCAUAGAGGUUGCAGAAAUUGUCGAAUCAACAGGUAAAACCAAUCAAGUGCAAAUUAGUAACUCUACCUAUCAAUUACUGCAAUCGGAGAAGCUUAAGAGUUUGUUUAGUGUUCAUUAUGAAGAAAAGGAAGAAUUGCUUCUUGAAAAGGUUGGCAAAGUUGUUAUUCCAGAAAGAACGUGGAUUACCGAUUUGCAAUAA